AUGGCGCCCGCCGAACCUUUGUUUGCGGGCAAUAGAAGAGACUCCUCUCUACACUCCGAAGAGCGCGCUGCAGACGAAGACACAGCUCUACUAGGAAACACCCACAAGACUUCAUCCUCAUCCCGGAAUCGAGUUAGGUUCUGGCGCGAAGUUGGGCUGUUUACAUGGGCUUUGAUAGCUACAGCUGCUGUUAUCGUUCUUGCGGUCUACACACAACACCAAUCUUACAUUCAUGAUGGCAAGGGACAGUCACAACCCAGCAAACCAACUGGGAAGCGCAACUUGAUUUUCAUGGUGUCAGAUGGUAUGGGGCCUGCGAGUCUGUCCAUGACCAGGUCGUUUCGGCAGUUUCGAGAUGGCGUCCCUAUCGACGACACUCUCGUUCUUGAUCAACAUUUUAUCGGCUCCUCUCGCACACGCUCUAGUAGCAGUCUAGUUACUGAUUCGGCCGCUGGCGCAACUGCAUUCUCCUGCGGACUAAAGAGCUACAAUGGGGCUAUAUCUAUGCUACCCGAUUAUACGCCCUGCGGUACUGUUUUGGAAGCUGCAAAGAAGGCGGGCUAUCUCACCGGAUUGGUCGUGACAACAGAUAUCACAGAUGCUACACCUGCUUGUUUCGCUUCCCAUGUCAAGAUGAGAAUGGAGCAAGAUUUGAUCGCGCAACAGGAAGUAGGGGAACAUCCCCUUGGACGGGUCGUCGACCUCAUGCUUGGCGGUGGUCGAUGCCAUUUCCUCCCAAAUACUUCCGAGGGUGGAUGUAGAGCUGACGACAGAGAUAUCACCAAGCUGGCGCAGGAUGAAUUCGGGUGGAGCUACAUUGACAGUCGUGGAGAUUUUGACGAUCUGGACUUGGGGAACAAUGUCAAGCUCCCUCUCCUGGGCCUUUUCGCCGACAGAGACAUCCCAUUCGAUCUUGAUCGACGAAACAUGAACGAUGUCUAUCCCUCGCUUGACGAAAUGGCACGAACAGCAUUGAAGGCACUCGAACUUGCAACCGCAGACAGCGACAAGGGGUUCUUUUUGAUGAUAGAGGGAAGUAGAAUCGAUCACGCAGGCCACGGAAACGAUCCCGCUGCACAGGUCAACGAGGUUCUCGCUUAUGAUGUAGCUUUUUCAUCUGUCAUUGAAUUUAUCGAGAGGUCAGAGAAUGCCGGUGUCUUGGUUGCAACAUCUGACCACGAGACCGGUGGCCUCUCAGUAGCCAGACAAAUAAACCCUGCGUACCCCGAAUAUAAAUGGUUUCCCGAAGUUCUCGCCAAUGCCUCACACUCAUCAGAGUAUCUAGCUGGACAGCUGAACUCAUACAUUGCUGAAUUUGGCAAGACUGACAAGCUCGAAAAGUAUAUCAGUGAAAACCUAGUACGAAAGGGCCUGGGGAUCACAGACCUCAGCAAGCAGGAGCUGCAAUCUCUUAUUGAUAAUCCGCUGCUCAGCUUUUACAUUUUCGCGGACAUGAUCAGUCGGCGUGCCCAAAUCGGAUGGUCAACUCAUGGCCAUACCGCGGUGGAUGUUAACAUAUAUGGAACGGCCGGCUCAGAAGGUUUGCACGGCAAUCACGAGAACACCGAAAUAGGAGAAUUUCUCCGAAACUACCUGGACCUUGAUGUUCAGGCCAUCACCGACGAGCUAGUUGGGAAGUUGGAUACUUUCAGCAUCCCAGACAGUGGCAAAUCAUCAAUGCAGAAUACUCUGCCUUCCUAUGAUGUUGGACAACGACUGCAGGUGUUCCGGAGGUCACACAACGACACUUCGUUGACCUGGCAUCAAACCACUGCGCUCUAUUCUCUCAGGAUCCCUCGCUUAGCCAGGGGUAACUUCAGUUCUACUCCAAGACUCAUUCACACUCAGCGCACUAUGUUUGUGCCGCCUAUCCACCAGUUUGCAGAAUCUACUAUCUCUCUCUCCUCGACAGUCACUCCCAGCACGCUCACACCCCCAAUGCCAUUGAUUCGCUACCUUCCCUCCCGCAUCUCACAGCUCACGAGUCACAGCACAAUCACCUCUCCGCCAUCACGCCCUUCGUCUCCACCCCCUCGCAACAAAUUGGAAUCAUGUGUGAAAACCAUGUCGUUCGUUCGGCGAUCAGAUGGGGAAGACAAAGCGAUCAGGUUUGUGAUGCUCCAACGCAGUAGCGACUCAUCCCCGGUGGGUGCGACGCAUGUUAGCCACGUCCGAGGCCUGGGGACCUCAUAUGACCAGCCGUUCUCUGCUUCUACUGGAUGGGAGGGAGCAUCUGAGAGGAUAAGAGAAGAGUUUGAAGGGGGCCGUAAUACUUGUACUUGUACCUUUACUUGCCUUUGCACUUAUUUCCUCGAGACUGUCGCUCCACCUCCGAAUUCGCUAUCACGCUUCACGUCUGGAAAAGCGAUCCUUGCAGACAGACGUCUUAUCGAUCUCAACUGA